UCGACCCAUUUUCUUGAUAACAAUAAUUUCAUAGACCCGAAGUCAAUCAAUGUUAGCCAUUUCUCUCUCUAGUACUGUCCUAAUUCCGGUGGCCUUCAGAACCAUUAUCAUGAAUAGUACCAAGAACCCCCUCCAAUCUAUAACUCAUUUUCCAGUACUACCAUUUGUAGGACAAAAAUCCCAUCAUGGAGUUUCGAACUUUGCCACAAAAAAACCAAAACAAUUCAAGGUACUCCCCAAAACUAGCGACUACGCAUCCUUAUCAACCAUUCCCACCGAGCUCGAGAAAAAGAGAUCAAUACAGCAAGUAGAACAAGAUGAAGAAGAACAUGAAAUAACCAUCCAAUUAUCGGCAGCUGAGCGCCAACUAGCUGAUUUCUGGCGUGAAAUCCACGGCCAAAACGACUGGGUUGACCUACUCAAUCCCAUGGACCGGCGUCUUCGAUCGGAGCUGAUCCGGUAUGGCGAAAUGGCACAAGCAUGUUACGACGCCUUCGAUUAUAACCUCUUUUCCAAGUACUGCGGCACCUGUAAGUACAUGCCAAGUGAAUUCUUCGACUCCCUAGGAAUGUCACAGCUCGGCUACGAUGUCUCUCGCUACCUGUUUUCGACCUCAAACACCAAUCUACCAAAUUUUUUCAGGAAUUCAGCUUCGCCUAAAGUGUGGAGCAAGCACGCUAAUUGGAUCGGAUACGUCGCCAUUUCAAACGACGAAACCUCCCGGCGCUUAGGCCGCCGUGACAUAACUAUUGCAUGGAGAGGCACAGUGACACGGCUGGAGUGGAUACAGGAUAUCAAGGAUUUCCUCGUGCCAAUUUCUUCGAAAAUCCCAUGCCCGGAUCCAACUGUGAAAGUCCAAACAGGGUUUUUAGACCUCUAUACAGACAAGGAAGAGGACUGCAAGUAUUGCAGGCUUUCAGCGAGAGAGCAGAUACUUUCCGAGGUCAGAAGGUUACUCGAUAUGUACGCAGACGAAGAAGUAAGCAUUACCAUCACGGGGCAUAGUCUCGGGGCUGCGUUGGCCAUUCUAAGCGCGUACGAUAUAGUUGGAAGGAGCUUGAAAGAUUUAGCCGCGGAUAGGCCGGCCGUGCCGGUGUGCGUGUUCUCGUUUGCGGGUCCGAGAGUAGGGAAUGUGAUGUUCAGGGAGAGGCUGGAGUCGACGUUGGGUUUGAAGGUGUUGAGGGUGGUGAAUGCUCACGACGUGGUGCCGAAGGUGCCGGGGUUUUUUUUCAACGAGCGAUCGCCGCCGAUGAUGAUGAAGUAUACAAAGUGGUUGCCGUGGAGUUACUCGCACGUUGGGGUUGAGCUUGCAUUGGAUCACAGGAACUCGCCGUUCUUAAAGCAGGCAGUUCAUGAUGAUCCGAUUCGUGCACAUAAUCUGGAGGCUCACCUGCAUUUGCUUGAUGGAUACCAUGGAAAAAACCAUAAAUUUGAGCUAGCAAGUGGAAGAGAUAUUGCAUUGGUGAACAAAGCCUCUGAUUUCCUGGAAGAUGAAUUUUUGGUCCCACCUAACUGGUGGCAGGAAGAAAAUAAGGGAAUGGUGAGGAACAAGGAUGGGCACUGGGUGCAGCCCGAACGCCGAGUACAUGAUCUCUAUUGUCACGGAACUCUGGAUGAUGAUCAUGUGCAAUAUUUAGACCUGGCCGGCUUCGGAUGAUCAACAUGGGGAUGAUCGUGCUGCUGCUUAGAGUACUACAUAUAUAUAUAUAUAUAUAUAAUAUAUAUAUAUAUAGUAUUAGGCUCCUCUUACUAGCUAGUACUUAAUUUGUUUAUAUGAAAAUUAAUACAAAAUUUAAUUAAUUAUAACUUAGACGUGC